AAACAUUUCAAAAAAAUUUGCUUUGAAUUGAAUUUUAAUCCUUAUUUUACUAUCAUUUAUAUUUUUAUACAUAAUAAAUGAGACAGAUAGAUAAUAUGAAGCAUAAUUUAAAUAGGAGACAUGGACUUGUGUUAAGUUUUUAUAUUAAAAUGGCAGUGAAAAAAAAAAUCCAAAAAUGGAAUCAAAAUGGUUUUGAAGAAUGGGGUGGUUAUAUGGAAGCUAAGAAAGCAAAAUUGGAAGAACAAUUUAAUGAAGAAGCAAAAAAAGAGCAUAAGAAUGCAUCAAAUUUAUUUCAAGGAGUAGCUAUAUUUGUAAAUGGUUAUACGGAUCCAACAGCCGAUGAAUUAAGAGAGUUAAUGAUGGCAUAUGGGGGAAUAUACCAUCAUUACAUGCGACCUAAAAUUACUACUCAUAUAAUUGCAUCAAAUUUACCAUAUUCUAAAAUUGUAAUGUAUAGAAAAGCUCAAUGUCCAAUGCCUGUUUGUAAACCCGAAUGGAUAACGGAUAGUAUCAAAGCUGGGAAAGUUCUAAACUAUGAGAAUUAUUUGCUUCUUACUAAUUGUAUUGGUAGCCAGCCACAAUUAAAAUUUGAAAUAUGUGACAAAAAACAUAAUGUAAAUAAUGAUACGAAAGAAAAUGCUAAUACAAUACAAAGUACUGUCGAAUCUGCUGUAUUAAAUAUUGCUACUACUAGCGAGGACCUCAAUCAACAUAGUAAUAAUUCUUUGAAUCCUAUUAAAACAAAAGGAACAUUACUUUCAUCAAAAAAUACAGAAUUUAUAUCAGAAUUUUAUAACAACUCACGAUUACAUCACAUUGCUACAAUGGGAGCAACAUUUAAAGAUUACAUAAAUGAAUUAAGAGAUAAAAGCGAUGGAAAAUUUCCUGGUUUAGAACAAUUGAAAAAACUAAAAGAAUCUAAACAAAACUCUCAACAUUCCAAUGAUUCAUACUUAUCAGAAGACGAAAUGUUUUCUCCUCGAGAAAAUGACAAUGCAAUAAUAAAACAAGAACCUGUCAUAAUGCACAUAGACAUGGAUUGCUUCUUUGUUUCUGUAGGUCUUAGAAAUAGACCACAUUUAAGAGGAUUACCUGUAGCAGUGACGCAUGCUAAAGGUAAUAAAAGCACUAAUACUAAAUCAAAUAACGCGAAUAAUAAUGAUCAGGAUGAAGAAGAAUGUACUUCUUUUUCUGAAAUUGCAUCAUGUUCGUAUGAAGCAAGAAAUGCAGGUGUGAAGAAUGGAAUGUUUUUGGGUGAAGCAUUAAAAAUAUGUCCUAAGUUAUAUACAAUAAAAUAUGAUUUUGAAGAUUAUAAGGAAGUAUCAUAUAAUUUGUACAACAUAGUAUCAUCAUAUACGUUAGAUAUUGAAGCAGUAAGUUGUGAUGAAAUGUAUGUAAACUGUACUAAAAUACUUGAAGAAUCACACUUAAUGCCUAUGGAAUUUGCAACAAUCAUAAGAAGCGAGAUUAGUCGGACUACAGGUUGUCCAGUGUCAGCAGGAUUUGGAAGCAAUAAAUUAAGAGCAAGAUUGGCAACAAAAAAAGCUAAACCUGAUGGACAACUGUAUCUAGAAAAUAAUAAUAUUAUUUCAUACAUUGACACAUUUAAUGUACAGGAUUUGCCAGGAGUCGGAUAUACAACCACAAAAAAGUUACAUAAAAUGAAUAUAAAUACUUGUGCAGAGUUAAGAUUGGUAUCUUUAGGAACAUUACAGAAAGACUUUGGAAAAAAAAUGGGAGAAUUAUUGUACAAUACGUGUCGAGGUAUUGAUAAAACAAAGUUAAAUUUAGAACAUGUAAGGAAAUCCGUGUCGGCAGAAGUCAAUUAUGGCAUUAGAUUCGAAAAUAAUGGUGAAGCAGUAGAUUUUUUAAAAAAGUUAUGCAUAGAAGUACAUAGCAGAUUAAAGAAAGCUAAUGCAAAAGGUAGAUGUAUUACAUUAAAACUCAUGGUUAGAGCUAAAGAGGCACCUGUAGAAACAGUGAAGUUUAUGGGUCAUGGCCCUUGUGAUUAUAUAACAAAAUCAAAAAAUCUAAUGUCAGCCAUUGAUAAUCUUACCAUUAUUACAAAAGAAAUUAUUGGUAUAUGGAAUCAAUUACAUCAGACACCUAAAGAUAUGAGAGGAAUAGGUAUUCAAAUCUCCAGAUUAGAACUACAAAAAAAUAAGUCUAAUGAUAAUAAUUUGAUGAACUUUAUUAAUAAAACUAAACCACCUCAGAUGAGAAAUUUUUUUUUAAACGAAUGUAUAAAUGAUCAAAGUAACAAAAGAAAUUUCGAAAAUAAUGAAACAUUUUUUCAUAAUAAAGAAACAACGUCAACAACUACUAAUACUAACGAUUCUUUUUUCAAGCUUAAUAAUUCACGUUCGGUAAACAUGAAAAUAAAUGACAUAGAAACUUUGCCAAAUAAUAAUGAUACAAGAAAUUCAAAAACUGACCUAAUACAAAAUUCUUCUUCUACAUUUAAUCGCUCGAUAAUUGUAUUACCCUCUCAAGAUAUAAACGAGAGUGUGUUAAUUGAAUUGCCUGAAGAAAUAAGAUCUGAGAUACUCGAAGCUAAAUUGAAAAAACAAAACUCUUCGAAUAAUAAAUUCAAAUCGCAAAUUCAAACCAAUCAAGAAAAUAAUGUAAAUAUGAAAAUUAAUAAUCCAAAACCAAAUGAGAAAGAGGGAGAAAAUUCCAAAGUAGAAAAUACUUCAAAUAAUUUACAGUCUUCAGAGAUAGCUAAAAGAGAAUUGUCUAAUAAAAAUAUAGAAGAAAAUAACGUGCAACACUCUACUUGUCAAAAGAAGUUUUUAAACGGUACUUCCGAAGUUUACAUGUUAUCGCAAGAAAUAGAUGAAUCCACAUUAAAUGAAUUACCAGACAAUAUUAGAACUGAAAUAAUGAGUACAAUGCUAAACAAAAAGAACGAAACUAAUGAUAAGAAUAAAACAUUGAAAAAUGUACAAACACAUCAGGAACAAUUCUUCAAACAAAUUAAACCAAAUUCGGGAAAAAACACGAAAGCUGAAUUACCACCACUUCGAGAAUUAGAUAUGUCAGUCUUAUUGGAAUUACCUGAAGACAUACGAAAUGAUAUAUUUAAUCAAUAUAAAAGCAGUGAACAUCAAAAUACUAAUAGUUCCAGCAGCAGUGCAGGUGUAUCAAAUGAACAAAUAGAUCAUCAGAAAAAUACGAAAGAAUCGGUCAAGCGAAGCACGGCUAUAGAAAAUGUAUCAUUUUCGCAAGUAGAUCCUGAUUUUUUAGCAGCAUUACCAGCAGAUAUGCAACAUGAUGUGCAACAAUAUUGCAUUGCUAAGAAGAAAGAAGAUCAAAUAAAAAAUACGAAUAAUUUGUCUGAUAAAAAUACUGUUGUUAAUAAUCCCAAUAAACAAUGGAGUGUAUUACAAUAUGCGAAAAAUGCAAGACCACUUUCCAAAUCAAAAAAUAACGGUAAAUAUUCUAAAGUCCUUUCGAGUAAAAAUAAAACUAAGAAAGAUAUAAAAUCAAUGCCGAAAGUUAAAGAGCGCAGUAAUAGACACGAAAUAGAAACGGAUAAAAAGAGUGAUAAUGUAAAAAAUAGCAAAUUAGAUAAUAAAGAAGAUAAAAUAAUCAGCACAUUAAUAUCCGAUAUAAAUAAUACAAAUAAUGAGAAAGAUAUUGUAGAUGAAACCGAAACUAUAUUGGCAUAUAAUCGACUUAUUACAAAUAAUAAGGAAACUACGGAUACAUAUCAAAGGACAUUGAUCGAUAUCGUCAAUUCAUUUUUCAGUCUUUCGAUAGAACAAAUUAAAAUGCAGAUACAAACAUGGAUUGCUUCGAAAACUGAAAACGAAAUCGACUUUUUCUCGCUUGCAAUAUUUCUUAGCAUGCUUCCCAAGAAGAAACGCAUUGAAGAUUUAUAUAUUCUCUUGAAAACCAUGCACAGAUGUACGAAAAAAACUGGAAGUUGCAUUUGGCAUGGGAUAUAUAGGAAAACGGUGGAACACGUUCAAUGUUAUAUGCAGAUCGAAUACAACAGCGAUCUAAUGGUACCACCAAUUAGAUGCGAUUGUUUCAAAUAUAACAACGAUGUAAUAUAA